UCUCCCACUCAGCUUGUAACAGAGUCUUAAGAAUCCCCCGACCUGUGCUAGCAGCGGUGUAAGGCAGACAGGGGAGGCAGUAAGUAGGUGCUGCUAGGGCCAGCACGAUCUUCUUUCCCAACCUGCAGCCCAGGACGCUGAUUCCAGCCUGCACUUAACCUCGCAGCCCAAAGAUUCACCAUGGUGAAAAUCGCCUUCAACACACCCACAGCGGUGCAAAAAGAGGAGGCUCGGCAAGACGUGGAGGCCCUAGUGAACCGCACAGUCGGAGCUCAGAUCUUAACCGGCAAGGAACUCCUAGUCGCGUCCCAGGAGAAAGAAAGUUCCUCUGGGAGAUGCAUGCUGACUCUCUUAGGCCUGUCAUUCAUCUUGGCAGGACUUAUUGUUGGUGGAGCCUGCAUUUACAAGUACUUCAUGCCCAAGAAUACUAUCUACCAUGGAGAGAUGUGCUUCUUUGAUUCAGAGCUCCCUGCAAAUAUCCUUCGAGUAGGAGAGCCCUACUUCCUUCCUGUCACUGAGGAAGCUGACAUUCGCGAGGAUGACAACAUCGCAAUCAUUGAUGUGCCCGUACCCAAUUUCUCUGAUAGUGACCCUGCAGCAAUUAUUCACGACUUUGAAAAGGGCAUGACUGCUUACCUGGACUUACUGCUAGGAAACUGCUAUCUGAUGCCGCUCAAUACCUCCAUUGUUAUGUCUCCAAAGAAUCUGGUGGAACUCUUUGGCAAACUGGCUAGUGGUAAAUACUUGCCUCACACUUACGUGGUUCGUGAAGACCUAGUUGCUGUGGAAGAGAUUCGCGAUGUUAGUAACCUUGGCAUUUUUAUUUACCAACUUUGCAACAACCGUAAGUCCUUCCGCCUUCGUCGCAGAGAUCUUCUGCUAGGUUUCAACAAACGUGCCACUGAUAAAUGCUGGAAGAUUAGACACUUCCCCAAUGAGUUUAUUGUUGAGACCAAGAUCUGUCAAGAAUAAGAGCCAACAGAAAGAAAAAAAAAAUUCAGUAGCAAUAAGAAGUCAGUGCUUUAUAAUAUGAUUGCAAUAUUAAAGUUGGGUGGGAUACCGAAGAAAUUUACUCAUGCAUUUACUCUACUGCUUAUACUAAAAAAAAAAAAAAAAAAGAAAGAAAGAAAAAAAGAUAAAAUACCAGCAACUGCAUACUCUUGUCAGUUUUUUUAUUUCACUGACAUUGUUUGUUGUUUGAAACUGAAAUAAAGUGUAUUUUUUAUUUUUUUGUUUGAAUUUAUAGGGUUUAAACUCCUGAAAACAGCAUGAAUGUGUCAGCUAACAUCUUGACAAGAAUCUCCAUUCUUUGAAUUUUUUAAAGUAAACUCUACUCAAUUACAUUGUAGAAGAUGAUUUAAAUUUAAAAUUGCUUUGAUCUUUUUGUGAAAAGGAUGUCAAAUCUCUUAGCAUUAACUUUUUUUAAAUUUUCAUUUAUUGCAACUUUCCUGAAUUUAGGAAUUAUACCUUUGCAUUUUUGUUAAGUGUUCUGUAAUAAUUCUGACUUAUAUGUGAAAAAAUUUUAUAAGUGAUUUUCACUAAUGCAAUGAUUCUCUUUUACUAAUAUGUAAAUCCACAUUGUGAAAUCCAGAAAACUGUAAAAGUGCCGAAUGCUGUGAGGACUAUGUUAUAAAGACUAUGAAUGCUACAACUGUAUAAUAAAUUUUACCAUAUUC